AUGGCUGCGAAGCUUCGAGCGCAUCAGGUGGACGUGGACCCGGACUUCGCGCCGCAGAGCCGGCCGCGCUCGUGUACCUGGCCCCUGCCGCAGCCCGACUUGGCGGGCGACGAGGACGGAGCGCUGGGCGCUGGGGUGGCCGAGGGCGCCGAAGACUGCGGGCCGGAACGCCGGGCGACGGCCCCCUCGAUGGCCCCAGCGCCGCCGCUGGGCGCGGAGGUCGGACCGCUGCGGAAAGCCAAGAGCUCCCGGCGGAACGCGUGGGGAAACCUGUCCUACGCCGACCUCAUCACUAAAGCCAUCGAGAGCGCCCCGGACAAGCGGCUCACGCUCUCGCAGAUCUACGACUGGAUGGUCCGCUACGUGCCCUACUUCAAGGAUAAAGGCGACAGCAACAGCUCGGCAGGCUGGAAGAACUCCAUCCGGCACAACCUGUCGCUGCACACGCGUUUCAUCCGCGUGCAGAACGAGGGCACCGGCAAGAGUUCCUGGUGGAUGCUGAACCCUGAGGGCGGGAAGACGGGCAAGACCCCGCGGCGCAGGGCCGUGUCCAUGGACAACGGGGCCAAGUUCCUACGCAUCAAGGGCAAGGCGAGCAAGAAGAAGCAGCUGCAGGUACCCGAUCGGUGCCCGGACGACAGCCCCCCGGGCGCGUCUGCCCCGGGGCCCCUGCCUGCCGCCGCCAAGUGGGCCGCCAGCCCAGCCUCGCACGCCAGCGACGACUAUGAGGCGUGGGCCGAUUUCCGCGGGGGCGGGAGACCCCUGCUCGGGGAGGCGGCGGAGUUAGAGGACGACGAGGCCCUGGAGGCCCUGGCGCCAUCGUCGCCGCUCAUGUACGCACCGCCCGGCCACGCUGCAGCCUUCGGGGGCCCGCCCGGCGGUCACCUGCUGGACGCGCUGCCCGGGCCUUAUGCGGCCGCAGCCGCAGGACCACUGGGAGCCGCUCCGGACCGCUUCCCCGCAGACCUGGACCUGGACAUGUUCAGCGGGAGCCUUGAGUGUGACGUCGAGUCCAUCAUCCUCAACGACUUCAUGGACAGCGACGAAAUGGACUUCAACUUUGACUCAGCCCUGCCUCCACCUCCCCCCGGCCUGGCCGGGGCCCCGCCCCCUAACCAGAGCUGGGUGCCGGGCUGA